CUUACGGUGCUUUAUAUAAGGAUAAUGGAGACGCUCAGGAAUCUCAUUUUUCCUUGCUACAUUCCUUUGAAAGAAGCUGCAGAUAGAAAUCGAGAACAUGGGCCGACCAAAUAAUGAGGACUCGAAGUAUACCCCGGCGCAAGGAUGGCAGAACCACGAAGAUGCAGCGCACGACGACGAAGCACCACCUGUAUAUGAAUUGGAAGCUCCCACAGUAACAAUGCCUCCGCCAGGAAAUACGGGGGCGACAAACGACGGCCGCAUCCACAUCGACAUAGAUUCACACCUGACGAAAUCGCUCAUCAAGCUCGUCCCCAAGGCCUCAAAACAACCACACGACCCAAGUCGCCGCUUCACAACAUCAGGACGACUAAACGUGCGCCUCAACAUCGUAAUCCAAGUCGUCGGCAGCAGAGGCGACGUGCAACCCUUCAUCGCACUCGGGCAAGAACUCCAGAAACACGGGCACCGCGUGCGUCUCGCAACCCACGAUGUCUUCGAAUCGUUCGUGCUGGAAUCGGGACUCGAAUUCUACCCGAUUGGCGGCGACCCCAAGGAACUAAUGGCCUACAUGGUGAAGAACCCAGGCCUCAUCCCUAGCAUGAAGAGUCUCCGCGAAGGCGACAUCCAGAAGAAACGCACGAUGAUCGGCGAGCUGCUGUCCGGGUGCUGGAAGUCGUGUGUGGAGGGCGAUGCGAAGACGGGGAGGCCGUUCGUCGCGGACGCUAUCAUUGCGAAUCCGCCCAGCUUCGCGCAUGUGCACUGUGCGCAGGCGCUGGGCGUGCCGCUGCAUUUGAUGUUCACGAUGCCGUGGAGUUGCACGAGGGCGUUUCCACAUCCGUUGGCGAAUUUUAAGGUUGGGGAGAUCGAUCCCGCGGUGAUCAAUUAUGUUAGUUAUGGGGUUGUAGAGUGGAUGACUUGGCAGGGUUUGGGCGAUCUCAUCAAUAAGUGGAGGUACACUUUGGAUUUGGAGCCGGUACCAAAUACUAUGGGCCCUGUUCUGGCGGAGGCGCUCAAGGUGCCUUUCACAUACUGCUGGUCUCCCGCGUUGGUACCGAAGCCACUCGACUGGGCAGAACAUAUUGAUGUCUGUGGAUUCUUCUUUCGGGAUCCACCAUCUUACACCCCACCACCCAUAAUCGACAAGUUCAUCCAGGCAGGCCCACCACCGGUGUACAUUGGCUUCGGCAGCAUUGUGAUCGAAGAUCCGGCGAAGAUGACCUCACUCAUUCUCGAGGCAGUAAGGAUGUGUGGUGGGGCCAGAGCAAUCGUUUCAAGAGGGUGGAGUAAUCUAGGCGAAGGCAUGCCCGACGAGAACGGAGAUAUCCUCUUCAUAGGCGAUUGCCCUCACGAAUGGUUAUUCCAAAAUGUUGCUGCAGUCGUUCAUCACGGCGGCGCAGGGACUGCCGCAUGUGGGCUGCGAAAUGGAUGUCCGACUGUCGUGGUCCCCUUCUUCGGAGAUCAACCAUUCUGGGGCGAGAUGAUAGCAGCCGCCGGCGCAGGCCCUCAUCCAAUCCCUCACAAAUCCCUCACAGCUUCAAACCUCGCGGAAGCAAUAUCCUACUGUCUGACACCGGAGGCGACAUCCGCAGCGCAGAACAUCGCAUCCCAGAUGGCGAGCGAAGACGGCGUUAAAGCAGCCGUGCAAUCCUUCCACGCCAAUCUGCCUCUCGAAAGACUACAGUGCGACAUCCUACCCGAUCAGCCAGCAUCAUGGCUCUACAAACACGCCUCGAUCAGACUGUCGAAGCAAGCAGCGCAGAUUCUCAUAGAAAGUGCGAUCAUAGACGCAAGAGAUAUAUCACUGCACGAAACCCACCCCAUCUCCAUAACCAACCAGCGAUGGGACCCAAUAACCAGCACGACCUCCGCCGGCGUAUCCUGGGUCUCCAACCUCGCGACCUCAUCCACCGGCAUCAUCAUCGACCCCAUCGCCGAGCUCAACCGGUCCAAGGGCCACGGCUCCGAGAGCUCAUCAUCCGGCGCGGCGACCGCAGGCCGCAUGGCGCUCGCGUCCGCGAAGAACAUCGGGAGAUUCAACAUGCACGUGUUCAAGGGGUCCUGCGUGGACAUUCCGUUCGCUGCGGCGGAGGGCUUCCGGGCGGUGCCGAGGCUGUACGGCGAGGAGGUUAAGGAUCACGGGGAGGUGAAGGAUUGGAGUUCGGGGUUCGGAGUCGCGGGCAAGAAUUUCGCGCAUGGGAUUGUUGAUGGGGUGAGCGAUUUGUGGAAGAGGCCGUAUGAGGAUGGGAAGGCGGAGGGGGCAGCGGGUGUUGCGAAGGGGGUGGGGAAGGGGCUGUUGGGGUUUGGGAGUAAAGUUGCGAGUGCGGGGAUUGGACUUGUGGCGUAUCCGGGUCAGGGGAUUUGUAAGAGUAUAAGGCAUGCGGCGAAGAGUGGGACGAGGAAAAGGAUCAAGGUGAAGAGAUUGGAGGAAGGACAGUGGUUGGUGGACCAAAAGAGGAACAGUAUGGAUCCUAGGGUGGUGUUGGAGAGAUUUGAGAGAUUGAGACAAGAGGGACUGGCGCAAGGGAAUAGGAGUAUUAAGAGCGGAAUUUCAAGUCAAAGUUGAUGAGAAACCUUUGAUGAGAAACGAACUUUUAUUUUCCAUUUCACGAAUGUAU